GGAGGAGGAGCUUAAACCAAGAAGUCGUCCGGUGACGGUGGAGGCCGAGUGACGGCUGCGUUGUAUCGAAGUAGAACACGCAAUUAUUACUCGGCUGUACAUGUGUGAGAGAUGCUGACCUCGCCUUAGCGGAGGUCACAGCGACCAUGGCCGGCCGGCAGCAGAGAGCGGAGGCUGCUCCAGACGGCCCAGCGGAGGCCAAAAGGACGGAGGUCAGAGCCAGCGGGAAGAAGUGCUCUUGGGCCUCCUAUAUGACCAAUUCUCCCACUGUAAUAGUGAUGAUUGGUCUGCCUGCUCGAGGGAAAACCUACAUGUCCAAGAAGCUGACGCGCUACCUGAACUGGAUCGGAGUGCCGACUAAGGUGUUUAACCUCGGAGUUUACAGGCGAGAGGCAGUGCAGUCGUACAAGUCCUACGACUUCUUCCGACAUGACAACAAAGAAGCCAUGCAGAUCAGAAAACACUGCGCUAUGGUGGCGCUGCAGGAUGUCAAGGCCUAUCUGAAUGAGGAGGGAGGUCAGAUCGCCGUUUUUGACGCCACCAACACCACCAGAGAGAGGAGGGAGCUCAUCCUUAACUUUGCCAAGGAUAAUUCAUACAAGGUGUUUUUUGUUGAAUCCCUCUGCGACGAUCCCGACGUCAUCGCCACAAAUAUCCUGGACGUGAAGGUGUCCAGUCCAGAUUACCCCGAGAGGGACAGAGAAAGUGUCAUGGAGGAUUUUCUAAAGCGGAUAGAAUGCUAUAAAGUCACCUACAAGCCGUUGGAUCCGGAUGAACACGACAAGAGCCGCUCCUUCAUCCAGGUCAUCAACGUCGGCCGCCGGUUCUUGGUCAACAAGGUGCAGGACUACAUCCAAAGUAAAAUCGUGUACUACCUCAUGAACAUCCACGUGCACUCCCACUCCAUCUUCCUGUGUCGCCACGGGGAGAGCCAGUACAACGUGGAGGGACGCAUCGGGGGGGACUCUGAGCUGUCGGAGCGAGGGAGACAGUUCUCGUCGGCGCUGAAGGGUUUUGUUCAGGAGCACCAUCUGUCGGACCUGAAGGUUUGGACCAGCCAGCUGAGGCGAACCAUCCAGACGGCAGAGGAGCUGGGAGUUCCCUACGAGCAGUGGAAGAUCCUGAAUGAGAUCGAUGCUGGAGUGUGCGAAGAAAUGUCCUAUGAAGUCAUUGAGGAGACAUACCCGGAGGAGUACGCCAUGAGGAGCCAGGACAAGUACCAUUACCGCUACCCGGGAGGAGAGUCCUACCAGGACCUGGUCCAGCGGCUGGAGCCGGUCAUCAUGGAGCUGGAGCGACAGGGCAACGUGCUGGUCAUCUGUCAUCAGGCCGUCAUGCGCUGUUUGCUCGCCUAUUUCCUGGACAAGAGUGCAGAUGAUCUCCCCUACUUGAAGUGUCCCCUGCACAAGGUCCUCAAGCUCACCCCCGUGGCUUACGGUUGUAAAGUGGACUUGUUUGACCUGAAGGUCGAGGCCGUCAACACUCACAGGAACAGGCCAUUGCAGAACGCCGCGCCGCCGCCGUUCAUCCGGCGGAACAGCUUCACGCCGCUGUCCAGCCAGGACCAGAUCAAGAGGCCUCGCCUGUACAGCGUGGGCAACCCUCCGAGCGCUCGCAUGUCCCAGGCGCCUACUUUACCCAGCAUGCAGUUCUCCGAGGCGUCCGAGAUGCUGCAAAGCGAGCAGGACUCUGUGAACGGUGUCAGCGCCGCAGACGCGGGCGACCGCGUCCGCAGUUAAAGGAGCCGCAGAAAGAACAUCUGUGACCCCCCCCCCCUCAAACAUCCCACCCCGGCUUCCCUCCACAUGAAUGUAUCACCAGCACUGAAGGCCAGUGGUGAAAUGCUCCCCCCGUUACAAGCCACUGUGUCUGCAUAACCAUAUUUAUGUUACUCCAGCUUGUUGCAUAGGUUACGUGUGUGAGUAUGCACUUAAACAUAUAACUCCAUUAGAGCCGUCCAUUAGUUGCUGGUACACUCCACACAGCGUAGACAUGUCCCUCUGUAUUAGACAGAGUAACAUCAUACGAGAGUGCCUAUCUCAAAGGAAGCCGUGCACAGGCCUUUUUCCCUCAUGUUCUUUCUUUAAGUUACCUAUUCAACAUUCCCAGGUGGUUCCUCGGCGAUCUGACAAGAUAUUUAUUUUAAAGUGUGAUUCAAAGCUUAUGAAGCUUGCUUUAGGCCGAUAAGGGCUGUAAAGAAAUCAUGAAAUGUUUCGUCUAUCCGAUUUCGUCUAAAAAUGGAAGCAGCUCAGUGAUUAUUUGGUCUGUGACAAUUACUACUGUUGUUCCCUUGUCCCCUUGUUCCCUCUGAUCUCCCCCCGUUUCCUCUGUUGUUCCCUUGUCCCCUCUGUUCUCUGUUGUUCCCUCCUCUUUUUUUUCCUUGCACCCAAAAAUAACCGCUUUAUUAUAUCGAGCUGUCUCCUGUGUUAAUGUCAACCUGAUGACAUUUGACUCUCAUGAAACUGAUGCAAUUAUUUUCCACACAAAGUGCUCCUGAAUUUUAAUGCAUUUGAAACCUUAGAUGCUAAAAUCAAUCAAUCAUAUUCUCCUGAUGCAAAAUAUACUGUAUUUAAAUUACUAGCUUCAUAGUAACAACAUGGAUACGAUCUAUUCUAAAAGUGCCUUUAUUUAAAGGACUACAAGGCUGUGAUAAUAGGAUUGAAUGUCUUAAAAGAGCUUUAUUAGUCAUUUCACACUGUAAAGGUUUCCUUGAAUAAAGUUAAUUUUAACGCAG